GGAGAGAAGAGGAGGAAGAGGGGGAGAGACGGGGGAAGGGCGCAGGACAAACAGGGGAAAUCACAAUAAUGGAGUGGCGGCGGAAGAGGUUGGUUUCGCGAGCUCGGACUCUUCAUAUUUGACAUUUACAUUUUCUGUAAAUUGAAUCUAAAUUCUGUUUUUAAAGGGCUGUGCGCCGAUAUCUCCAGUAGCCUAGCUCACCUAGCUCAAGAAGCCCUCCACAGAUGCAGCAAAUGCUACACGUAAACGGGGGAUCCACCACUGGCACUAGGCAACGGUUUAUCAAUUCUGGUGGGCUUGAAUUAGAAUACUAAAGGACAUAUUUUGAAGGUAGCAUUGGUUGAGUAGAUUACAAAACCAUUGACCGUUUUACUGUGAAAUAUUGCAUUUUGGACUCUACUUGUUUUUUCCAAAAAGGAAAUGUUAGGCAUUAUAAAUGAUGAAUUAACAGUAUAUCUAUUCAAGUCUCAUUUCAACAAUGUGUAACCAUGUAGGUUCGCAGGUUGAAUGUACAAUGUUUUGGUAAAUUAAAAUAAAGGCUAGUUAAUAAUAAUAACAACAAUAAUAAUAAUAAAAAUCAAAGUCUUUGAAAUUGAUUUCUUCUGAAAAGCUACAUUGCUACCAAAUGACAAGCACACCUUUGGGAACUCGUGGAAACAACCAGAGACGAGCAAAAACUGUGAGUGAGUCACUGAAAUAAACUAAAGAAACCUAUAGUGGAAAACAUGUUGCCUUCACAAGAAGCCGCCAAGAUUUACCAUGACAACUACAUGCGGAACUCCCGUGCCAUCGGAGUACUCUGGGCGAUAUUCACCAUAUGCUUUGCCAUCAUCAACGUGGUUGUCUUCAUUCAGCCUUACUGGAUCGGGGACAGCGUGAGCACGCCGCAGGUGGGUUACUUCGGUUUGUUUCACCAGUGCGUUGGGAGUGGACCGCCCAACCGAGAGCUCGACUGCACGGGCAGCUUUACUGAGUUCAGCUCCAUCCCCUCCGGUGCCUUCAAAGCGGCCUCGUUCUUUGUACUGAUGUCCAUGAUUCUGAUUCUGGGCUGCAUCGCCUGUAUGGCGCUCUUCUUCUUCUGCAACACCGCCAGCGUCUACAAGACCUGUGCCUGGAUGCAGCUCCUAUGUGCUGUAUGCCUGGUGUUGGGCUGUAUAAUCUUUCCGAACGGCUGGGAUGCGGAAGUGGUGCGGGACCUGUGUGGGGAGGAGACGGGGAAGUAUACGCUGGGUAACUGCUCUGUCCGCUGGGCUUAUAUCCUGGCUAUUAUGGGCAUCCUGGACGCCCUGAUCCUGUCCUUCCUGGCCUUCGUUUUGGGGAACAGACAGAACGACAUGUUCCUGGAGGAACUCAAGGCUGACAACAAUAAAGAUUUCGCUGUGUCCAAGGUAAGUGACUUUAUUGAGGUCCGGGACAGAAGACGCGACCCAAGGUAUGUUGCAGUCCAGAGGUUCCACUGAGGAGCUCCUUGCCUUGGAUGACCCCCCUCUUAGAGGAUUCCUGCCUUGGAUGACCCCCCUCUUAGAGGACCGCUGCCUUGGGUGACCCCCCUCUGAGGGGAUCCUUGCCUUGGAUGACCCCCCUCUGAGGGGAUCCUUGCCUUGGAUGACCCCCCUCUCCUCUACUCCCUCUCAUCCAGUCAUCAGGCUAAUAUCCAACCUGGCUCCAUGCGCAGACCACAUGUACAGCAUUCUGUAAUAUAAAACUGGGAGAAACUAUAUUUUACAUAGUAUUAUGUUGUAAAGUUCAUUAACACUACUAUAAAAAAAAGACUAUAUUUGUAAAAAAAUGUGUCCAAAUGGAACUAUACUUUGCAGCUUUACAGAAAUAGACCUCUGGGAAUUUAGAUACUGUACAUACAAGGCAAUGUAUAUAUUUGGAACUGUACAAUGAGCAGCAAACUAUAUAACCCUUCAAUGGAAAUUUUGUUCAGUGUAUUUCUACCCUUUGCAAAAUGAUUUGAGUACGAAAAUUAGAAUAAAGCAGAACAAAACAAAUAUUUUGUAAACAUUUAAUAGACCCCAUAAAACUGAAGCGUUUGGAGUCUUUUUAAAAGGUAUUUACUGUCAAGCAAUUAAAAGUAGAGAAUAUUUUCUGAAAUGAUUCAUCUGAAACAGGGUAGGCUAAAGAAAUGAUUCAUCUGAAACAGGGUAGAAUAGAGAAACAGUGUAGACUAAAGAAACAGGGUAGACUAAAGAAAUGAUUCACCUGAAACAGGGUAGACUAAAUGAACAGGGUAGACAAAAUAAAUUAUUAAUCUGAAACAGGGUAGACUAAAUACAUGAUUCACCUGAAACAGGGUAGACUAAAUACAUGAUUCACCAGAAACAGGGUAGACUAAAUGAACAGGGUAGACAAAAUAAAUUAUUCAUCUGAAACAGGGUAGACUAAAUACAUGAUUCACCUGAAACAGGGUAGACAAAAUAAAUUAUUCAUCUGAAACAGGGUAGACUAAAUACAUGAUUCACCUGAAACAGGGUAGACUAAAUACAUGAUUCACCUGAAACAGGGUAGACUAAAUAAAUGAUUAAUCUGAAACAGGGUAGACUAAAUACAUGAUUCACCUGAAACAGGGUAGACUAAAUAAAUUAUUCAUCUGAAACAGGGUAGACUAAAUACAUGAUUCACCUGAAACAGGGUAGACUAAAUAAAUGAUUAAUCUGAAACAGGGUAGACUAAAUACAUGAUUCACCUGAAACAGGGUAGACUAAAUACAUGAUUCACCUGAAACAGGGUAGACUAAAUAAAUGAUUCAUCUGAAACAGGGUAGACUAAAUACAUGAUUCACCUGAAACAGGGUAGACUAAAUACAUGAUUCACCUGAAACAGGGUAGACUAGAUAAAUGAUUCAUCUGAAACAGGGUAGACUAAAUACAUGAUUCACCUGAAACAGGGUAGACUAGAUAAAUGAUUCACCUGAAACAGGGUAGACUAAAGAAAUGAUUCACCUGAAACAGGGUAGACUAAAUGAACAGGGUAGACAAAAUAAAUUAUUCAUCUGAAACAGGGUAGACUAAAUACAUGAUUCACCUGAAACAGGGUAGACUAAAUACAUGAUUCACCAGAAACAGGGUAGACUAAAUGAACAGGGUAGACAAAAUAAAUUAUUCAUCUGAAACAGGGUAGACUAAAUACAUGAUUCACCUGAAACAGGGUAGACAAAAUAUAUUAUUCAUCUGAAACAGGGUAGACUAAAUACAUGAUUCACCUGAAACAGGGUAGACUAAAUACAUGAUUCACCUGAAACAGGGUAGACUAAAUAAAUGAUUCAUCUGAAACAGGGUAGACUAAAUACAUGAUUCACCUGAAACAGGGUAGACAAAAUAAAUUAUUCAUCUGAAACAGGGUAGACUAAAUACAUGAUUCACCUGAAACAGGGUAGACUAAAUAAAUGAUUAAUCUGAAACAGGGUAGACUAAAUACAUGAUUCACCUGAAACAGGGUAGACUAAAUACAUGAUUCACCUGAAACAGGGUAGACUAAAUAAAUGAUUCAUCUGAAACAGGGUAGACUAAAUACAUGAUUCACCUGAAACAGGGUAGACUAAAUACAUGAUUCACCUGAAACAGGGUAGACUAGAUAAAUGAUUCAUCUGAAACAGGGUAGACUAAAUACAUGAUUCACCUGAAACAGGGUAGACUAGAUAAAUGAUUCACCUGAAACAGGGUAGACUAAAUACAUGAUUCACCAGAAACAGGGUAGACUAGAUAAAUGAUUCAUCUGAAACAGGGUAAGCUAAAGAAAUGAUAUGGUACACUAGAUACAGUAGAUGUCAGGAAAACAUAUUUGAGAUAUUAGUCCUCUCAGAAGGAAGCCCUGUCUGCUGCAUUCCCCUCAGGUCCCUCCACCACACCAUCCUAGCAGGCUUUCUACUGCACAUUGCAGUGACCAACACGCACUGGGCCUGUGUGGAUUUAACCUGUUAACCCCACAAUGGGGAAAGAAUACUGGGAAAAAUCAUCAUCUAUGUAGAGGCAGAAUUUCUACAAACUUAAAAAAAAUAAUAUAUACAUCAAAUGGCAUCUAGUGAAGAACUACACGUUUACUUCUUGUCCAUAAUCCAUGAUACACUGUACAGAGUUGCUGUAAAUUGAGAAGCUAAACGCUAUGUUAUUAGGUGGCAGCCAAUUCCCAGGAAGCUGUACUGUAGGGGAGAGUGGGGUAUGUCUAGGAAACCAUACACAAAAUAAAUCAUGUUACUAAAUAUGUAGGAAGUCUGUGUGAAGGAAGAAACCACAUGGAAAAAGUGGUAAGCAAGUUAGGUCCCAAAAAAUAACAGAUUUUCAUAAAGUCAAAUAAAUGGAUUGUCUUACAGGUUUCAUGAUGCUUGUAUCUAAACCAAAGUAGAUCAUUUUAAAACUGUUUUAUACAUCAGUUGGGAUCUAUAGAAGCUACAAUAUGUGGUCCUAAAUUUAGCAUGAAAGUGCAUCUUUGUAGCAAUGUGAGCUAAUAUAGUAAAAAGUGUUGCUUUGGGGUAAAUUGUGCCAUUUUACUAGGGGCAAGUUGAUCCAAUACAAAUGAUGAUUACAUUUUGUAAGUUUUAUGCAUAAUAUGCAUAGUAUUUUGAAGAGACUUCAUAUUCAUGUGAUUUUCAAAUGAUGAAAAAUGCCUUCAUCAGUUGGGUUCGGCCACCUCUAGGCCACAAUUGAAGUGUUUUCUUCUCAGACGUAAUGCGUGGCAUAUGAGGUUACACCAGGGUCUGAGCCUAUGUUAAAAGUGCUUUAAAAAGUACCAAGUGUCAUACCAAGAAAUAUGUCCCUAUGCUUACCCUGUUCCUAUGUUCUGUUUACGCCAUACCCGGAGUAAGUAGUGCCAAGAGAACACUGUUUUAGGACAAGCUAUGUUUUCAAAAUUAUUAUGGCUAUGUGAAUUCUGAUUAUGUCACAACAUCCGGAAAUAUAUGCAUAUAUCUUUAUUAGAAAGAAAACUAUAUUUCAUUUGACAUAGUGAUGUUAAAUGUAAAAAAUUCUCAACAUACUCCGCUCUCCAAUACUGUAAGACACUAAAUCAAACACUACUGUUACUCCAGAAUAGAGCCUUGGGUCUGAUCGGACAAAACAUUGCUUUUGUAAAUAUCUGUUUCUCUCCUUUGUGUUGUUAUUUUGAGAGCUUGACAACUUGUUUUCCUUAACUUAAUGAGCACACUACUGUACCUACAGAUGGGUUACGCAACCAGAGACGGUUUACAUAACCAUAGAUGGGUUACGUAACAACUCUUUUUUUUCUUCUGGCUCCAAAGUAAGGUUGAGCUCUGAGUGCUGUCUUUGCCCCAUCACUCAACUCAGUGGGAGGCCUCUUUGAAUUACAGUCAAUUAACAGAGUCAAGGAGAACAGUGGGCUUCAACACAAGCACACAUAAAGAAACACUGGAAUAUACAGUCACUGGCCAGUUUAUUAUUUACCAUCUAGUACCGGGUCGGACACCCCCUUUGGAUCCAGAAUGGCCUGAAUUAUUUGGGGUAUUCUACAUGGUGUCAGAAGAGUUCCACAGGGAUGUUUGUCCUUGCAGACGCGAUGGCAUCACACAGUUGCUGCGGAUUGGACGGCGCUACGUUAAUUCCAUCUCAUCCCAAGGAUAUUCUGCUCUAUUGGGUGGAGGUCUGGGGACUGAGUGACCAGGCCACUCAAACUGAACUCACUGUCAUGUUCCAGGCCAUGUUUUUCCACUCCUCAAUUGUCCGGUGUUGGUGAUCAAGUGCCAAAUGGAGCCGCUUCUUCUUGUUUUCAGCUGAUAGGAGUGGAACCCGGUGUGAUCGUCUGCAAAAGCCCAUCCAUGACAAGGAUCAACGAGUUGUGCGUUCCGAGAUGCCGUUCUGCACACCACUGUUGUACUGCACCGUUAUUUGUCUGUUUGUGGCCCACCUGUUAGCUUGCACGAUUCUUGCCAUUCUCCUUCGACCUCUCAUCAACGAGCUGUUUUCGCCAACAGGACUGCCGCUGACUAGAUGUUAUUUUUUUUAAAUCGCUACUAUUCUCGAUAAACCAUAGACACUGUCAUGCAUGAAAAGCCCAGGAGUGCGGUAAUUUCUUAUAUACUGGAUCCGGUGCGCCUGGCACCGAUGAUCAUACCACAUUCAAAGUUGCUUAGGUCACUAGUUUUGCCAAUUCUAACGUUCAACUGAACAGUACCUGAAUGCCUCGAUGCCUGUCUACCUGCAUUAUAUAACAAGCCACGGCAACGUGACUCCCUGUCUGUAGGAGCAAUCAAUUUUGGUGAAAAGAGUGGUGUAUCUAAUAGACUGGCCGGUGAGUGUAUAUUACAGAUAUAUCAUUUCAAUCCGAAAAAUUCUUAUGAGAUUUUAGAUAUCAGUUUGUACUUCUUUUUUUUAUAUAUCUUACCAACAAAAAUGUUGACAAUAUGUUGGCAUCAUCUGAAAAAAUGUAUUAAUGACAAUCUGUGGAUUUGUUGUACAUUGAACUAUAAUACUGUAUACCAGUGGUUCCCAAACUUUUUAUAGUCCCGUACCCCUUCAAACAUUCAACCUCCAGCUGCGUACCCCCUCUAGCACCAGGGUCAGCGCACUCUCAAAUGU